ACGCUCUCAAAGUUUCUCUUAUUGUGGAUGAGCCGGCACCGGGGAACUCCAAAGUAUUUUUUCUCGACAGGGUAUAGCAACUGUUACCGAACACGAUCGUUCGUUGUGAUUCCGCGUGAUUAUAAGCGAUAAAUUAAUCAACUCAUCGAUUUUCGUAGCACAAAGUAUUUUUGGCUCAUCCCUAAGCUUCGCAAUCGAUUACCAAAGGCACACUGCAAAUGAAUCUGUGCGUGAUUGGGGCAGGAGUGGUCGGCUUGACCACGGCCCUGCAGCUGCAGCGUGAGUUUCGAAACGCAGCCGUCACCAUCGUAGCCGACCGUUUCGAGCAGGACACUUGCAGUGACGUGGCGGCCGGUCUAUUCAGACCCGGCACAAGCUUUUCCGGCCCAACAGAGGAAAUGACCAGGAAAUGGAUUUCUGAUGCGUACCAAUAUUGGGAUGAAAUUCGAAAGACAGAGGAAUCAUCAGAGGCCGGAGUGGCGCAGCUUUCCGGGUACAUCUUUUCCAGCACUGAUCCGUCUAUAGUGAGGAAUCACUACAUCGAAAAAAUAGUGCCGGUGUAUCGUCCUGUUGCCGAGAAAGAGCUGACACUUUGUCCGGGUGAAUGGAAGUAUGGGUCAUUCUUCACCACGCUACUCACGGAGUGUAGACUGUUUCAACCAUGGGCUACCAAGAAAUUUCUACUGAGCGGAGGGCGCAUAAUCACUGACAAAAUCAGCAGCUUCCAGGAACUGAACGGACAAUAUGAUGUCGUUGUUAACUGCACAGGUUUAGGGGCAAAGAAACUGUGCCAGGAUUAUAAACUAGUACCCAUUAGAGGUCAAGUAAUCAAGGUUAAGGCGUCGUGGGUGAAGACUGCGUUUUAUGCCGAUUAUGAUACGUACAUCAUUCCCGGUUUUCAAGGUGUCACCUUGGGUGGCUGUCGGAAUUUUGACAGUUACAAUGUGAACCCAUGUAAGUAUGACUCGGCCGCAAUUAGGGAGCGCUGUGAGACACUGUUGCCCAGCCUGAAAGGAGCACCCGUUAUUAGGGAGGCGGUUGGAUUGAGACCUCAUCGGGAUCCGGUUCGGGUGGAAACUGAAUUUAUAGCUAGCGCAAGUGGACGGUUGAAAGUUGUCCAUAACUAUGGACACGGUGGCUAUGGUGUAACAACGGCUCCAGGUACGGCGAUUCAUGCCGCUCAGCUGGUUGCAGAUGUAUUGAAAAGUAACAGCAAGUUGUGAAUAAUCGCUGUCUAGAAUAAUUUAAUAUACAGUAAAUUACCUCUACUUCGACAUACCGAGACAUCAUUCAGUGCCGCAUUAAAGGCGAUUGUGACUUGUAAUUGGAAAUUUGCGAUAACAGUGGUAAAGUGUCGACGUAUGGUGCCGACUUUCAAUGUGGGGUCAUAAUUUGGGUCCCAAACUCAAUGUUUACUUAAAUGUCCAAUUAAAGGCGAAAAUGUUCAAUUAUUCGUGUCGCAUUAUCAGUCUGUCCUAGCUAGACGUCGAAUCAGAGAUAACAUACACUUUGCUUCAUUUAAUGUAUGAGAUUGAAAAAUAAAGAGAAUAAUUAUUUUUUCCCACUA